CACAUUUUUAUUACUUCAGUAAAGUUCCUAACUUUCAUCGUUUCAUAGCUUCAUAGCUCCUUUCAGUCAUCGCUUCGUCCCGUCACGUAUCGCCUGCUUGCCCUUCGGGAAGCCCUUGGUUCAGGACGGCAAGGAAUCUCGCUCUUUGGCUCCUCUUCUCGUUCAACAGUUUCACGAAGCCUUGUCACUCGUGAUACUACGCGUCAAGCUUCCUGAGAACCUGUUUUCCGAGAAACCGCUCAGUCUCCAGACAAGGUUUACGCGAUAACACAGCCUAGUCGAUUUGGGAUCGUGCGAUAUCGUGCGUUCUAUACGUUUAGAAAAAAAAACCGCUCCUGACAUUUAGCGAAAGCUUCCAAUCGACGUUGUACAGUGAAACGAAGGAACUCCUCAGUGACUCGCUUUGGUCCGACCAGAAUCUGCUGAUACAACCCGCACAGCUCAGCUGGUCGAGUCGACAGCAGUCAGUGCGAGCUAGCAUUUGAGUCAACUCUAAUACACUCAGUGUCGGCAUUCAUAGUGAUUCAGCAUGGUUCACGAGACGCGGCCCGAGCUGCACCAUCCGCCGGCGCCGCACCACGAAAACGCGGCGUGGAAGGGGUUCGUGGAGGGCGGCGUCGCGUCCAUGGUCGCCGGCGUCGCGACGCAUCCCCUCGACUUGCUGAAAGUCCGCAUGCAGCUGAUGGGCGAAGGUUCGGCGAAAGCAGCGGCGGGUGCGGCGGGAGCGACGGGAGCGCCGGGCGGCGCGUUGAGAGUCGCGGCGGAGGUGGUGAAGGAGAGCGGCGUGAAGGGGCUGUUCACUGGCGUCACUGCGACCAUGAUGCGACAGAUUCUCUACAGCGCGACGCGCAUGGGCAUCUACGACAUCUUAAAGCACAAGAUGGAGGAGCAGCCGCACAUGGCGCCGGGCGGCUUACCCAUGUACAAGAAGAUCGGCGCGGGGCUGGUGUCGGGCGCCAUUGGCGCGGCUGUGGGCAACCCCGCCGACAUGGCCAUGGUUCGAAUGCAGGCGGACGGGCGGUUACCGCUGGAGCAGCGGCGCAACUACAAGGGCGCGGUGGACGCCAUCCUGCGCAUUCAGCGGGAGGAGGGCGCCACAGCGCUGUGGCGGGGGUGUGGGCCGACGGUGUACCGCGCCAUGGCUGUCACCGCUGGGCAGCUUGCAACGUACGAUCAGGCCAAGGAGAGCCUGGUCGCCGGGGGGUACAUGAAAGAAGGACUGGGGGCGCACACCAUGGCAGCCUUCACAGCAGCCAUCUUCGCGUCGCUGGCGUCCAACCCCUUCGACGUGGUCAAAACGCGCCUCAUGAACAUGCGCAAGCCGGAGGGCGGGGGGCCGGCGCCCUAUUCCGGCCCAAUGGACUGUGCCGUGAAGACUAUUAAACUUGAGGGGCCGCUCGCCUUGUACAAGGGACUCAUUCCUACCAUUGUCCGGCAAGGCCCCUUCUCGCUCAUCCUGUUUGUCACCCUUGAGCAAAUGAAGAAGAUCAUGGAAGACAUAUAGGACGAAGUUGGUACCGGCCUCAUAAUCCAUAACCCCAGAGAAUUUGGGGGCGGCCAUUUAGGAGCCUUAUUGGAUGGAUACAUGUCAUGCAUGUCAUAAAUAUAAGCUUAUGUUGUUUGAAGAUGUAGUUUGACAACACCCCUCCACUUGCUAAAGCAACGAAAG